CAGUGCAGCGACCACUGCGGAGGUGCCGGGAUCAGGCUGAGCGCAGAUCGCGCACGCAGUCCCGGCAGCCGGCGUUUCCGUCGAGCCUGCUCAAUGCCGCUUGGAUCCCUCCCUCGGUCGGGCUCUUUCACGCGAGGAGAACUAAGACAUUGUACGGCUGCCAGGAUCUGGGGCCGCUGAAAGGCGAGGGGGGGGCUGAAUUUCUGCCACACUGGGAUCUUUUUCAGAUUCUCACACAAUUAUUGCCAGCACAAAGGGAGGCGCUGAAUAGAGGGGUGUCCGCCUCUGGAAAGGAGUCGCUUUUCCUGUGAUGUUGGAUUCUCUUUCCCUUUAAGUAACGAACCAUCAUCAACCGAACUGUUUUUAAAAAAAAGAACGCAAACACAAUGACACAAUCCUGAGUACUUUUUUUUUUUUUUUUUUUUUUUUUUUUUUUUUCCGACCUGAGGGAAUUACAAAUCAUGGCGUCUGAAACGAGACGAAUGUAAAUGAUUGGAUGAACUUUUCCUCCGCCACGCUGUGGGAUAUUCAUGCUAAUGGAUUUCCUCCUGAUUGGUCUGUACUUGAAGUGGCCCCUCCGGAAGUCCCCUGGGUUGAUACUGUGCUCUCUGGGCAUCCUGUUGAGAAUGGCCCCCCUGGUGGGGGGGAGCUGUCCGCGCCUGUGCCGCUGUGAUGGCAGGCUGGCGUACUGCGAGGGGCUCAACCUGACCGACGUGCCCCGCAAUGUGAGUAGCGCCACGGGCCUGUCCCUGCGGGAGAACAACAUCUCCGAGCUGAGGGAGGGCCAGUUCUCGGGCCUCCAGCAGCUCACCUGGCUCUACCUGGACCACAACAACAUUGAGCUCGUGGAGGAGAGCGCCUUCGAGAAGCUGCGCAGGAUCAAGGAGCUUGACCUGAGCACCAAUCGGAUAGAGAACCUGUCCAACGGCACCUUCCGGCCUCUGCCCAACCUGCGCGUAUUGGAUUUAUCCUACAACCGGCUACAGUCGCUGGAGCCCGACCUGUUCCACGGCCUUAGGAAGCUUACCAAUUUGCAUUUGCGCUACAACGCGCUGAAGUUCGUGCCUGUGCGCAUCUUCCAGGACUGCAGGAGCAUGCAGUUCCUGGAUCUGGGCUACAACCAGCUGCAGAGCCUGGCGCGGAACUCCUUCGCUGGGCUCUUCAAACUGAGCGAGUUGCACCUGGAGCACAACGAGCUGGUGAAGGUGAACCUGGCCCACUUCCCACGACUGAUCUCCCUGCGCACGCUCUACAUGCGAGGCAACAGGGCCUCCGUGGUGGUCAACACGCUGGACUGGACCUGGCACUUCCUGGAGAAGAUCGACUUCUCGGGCAACGAGAUCCAGCACAUCGAGCCGCAUGUCUUCGAGAGCGUGCCCAACCUGAGGGAGCUGAGGCUGGACUCCAACCAGCUCACCUACGUGGACCGGCGCGUGCUGGACUCCUGGGCAUCGCUGGGCAUCGUCACGCUGUCGGGCAACCCGUGGGAAUGCGGCCGCAACGUGUGUGCCCUGGCCACGUGGCUGAGCGGCUUCCAAGGCCAAAGGGACGGCGUGCUGCUGUGCGCUGGUCCAGACACUGCACAGGGUGAGGACGUGCUGGAUGCCGUCUACGCCUUCCAGCUGUGCGACGAGGGUGGAGGGCCUGCCACGCCCACACGCCUCACCACCCGCAACCCCGCCCGGGGCUCCAUCGUCCGGGGCCCCACCAGGAACCCGUAUGACCUGCGCGACGGAGAGGGAGGCGAGGUCGCCACCGGCUCCUUCACGGUGACCGUCGCCGCCGACGACCUGGAGAGCACCAUGCAGAUCCACAAGGUGGUGACGGGAACCAUGGCGCUCAUCUUCUCCUUCCUCAUCGUGGUACUGGUGCUCUACGUAUCGUGGAAGUGCUUCCCGGCCGGCCUGCGGCAGGCCAGGCAAUGUCUCUCCACCCAGCAUCGCAAGCAGAAGCAGAAGCAGACCAUGCAGCAGAUGGUAACCAUGGCCACGCCUGAGUACUACGUCGACUACAAGCCCAACCACAUCGAGGGCGCCCUCGUCAUCAUCAAUGAGUACGGCUCCUGCACGUGCCAACAGCAGGCAGCGCGCGAGUGCGAGGUGUGAUGGGUACGAGGGGACCCUCCCGCCCCCGGGGGGGGGCGUGGGGGGCGAUGGUUGCAGCGUCAAGCGUCCGGUCGGAUCGUCAGAUACGAGGGACAUGUUUUUGCCAUCGUGCCAAACUGUGCUGCUCUUUCGGAGAUCAGCAGGAGCGGUGAGUUCAGGGUGUGGAAACGCGGACACAGACAGAGGCCUUUUAUUCACAGCCCGACGGCCCGAGCGGCUUGUGACGGACGAAACUCCGGGACUGGCCGAUGGGUUCCCGAGCGGGCCACAGUGCUGGAGGGAAAACAAGGACUAAUCGGGGUUCUCUUUGCGAAGAGUGGAUAUUCGAGCUUUAAUGUUUCUUUCUACCGCAGGAAAUUACUACAACUGUUUAAAACUAAGCUACUGAGAACAUAAAGGACACAAGAUUUUUCAUUGUGGUAACAAAAAAAAUGAAAUCUAAAUGAAGGGGGAAAAAAUAUGAUGAAAAAGGUCUGUGUAAAAUAUGUUAAAAGCAGAAAUGCAAGUGGGAAUAAAAUCCAAGAUGCUAUUCUAUUUCUUUUGUAAACUAUGAAAAAAAGAGGAACCAAGUGUUUAAAUAAAUGAAUUGCAAUUGUCAGUA